GGGUACAAGACCGACAUCAGGCCUCAGAAGGACUACAUCAAAUUGCACCGUAAGCGGUACGGUUAUCGCUUGGACUACCAUGAAAAGAAGAGGAAGAAGGAGAGCCGUGAGGCUCAUGAAAGGUCACAGAAAGCAAAGAAACUCAUUGGACUGAAGGCCAAACUGUACCACAAGCAGCGACAUGCCGAGAAAAUACAGAUGAAGAAAACUAUCAAAAUGCAUGAGAAGAGGAAUGCCAAACAGAAGAAUGAUGAGAAGACACCAGAAGGAGCUAUACCAGCUUAUCUACUGGACAGAGAAGGGCAGAGCCGAGCCAAAGUUCUCUCCAAUAUGAUCAAGCAAAAGGGAAAAGAAAAAGCAGGCAAGUGGGAAGUUCCUUUACCCAAAGUGCGUGCUCAGGGAGAAACAGAAGUGCUUAAAGUUAUCCACACAGGAAAGAGAAAGAAGAAAGCCUGGAAGAGAAUGGUCACCAAAGUCUGCUUUGUUGGGAUGGAAUUCACCCGAAAACCACCUAAAUAUGGAAGAUUUAUUAGACCAAUGGGCUUGCGUUUUAAAAAGGCACACGUGACACAUCCAGAAUUAAAAGCCACAUUUUGUCUCCCUAUCCUUGGGGUAAAAAAGAAUCCUUCCUCUCCACUUUAUACAAGCUUGGGUGUCAUCACAAAAGGCACAGUGAUUGAAGUGAAUGUCAGUGAGCUGGGUCUUGUCACGCAAGGCGGCAAAGUUAUCUGGGGAAAAUAUGGACAGAUCACGAACAAUCCAGAAAACGAUGGAUGUAUCAACGCUGUUUUGCUUGUAUAA